ACGCGCAGAGUCCGCUGUUGCCCGCGGUUGAGCUCGAAGGCUCUGUGUGCGCACACAGCAUCACUCACACAAAGCGUUGCGCGCUGCACUGAAACGGCUUAAAGUACAAUAAAAAAAAACCUUUCAGUGCUCUUCGACUGAACGCACAGCAACCCAUUCGGACUUUACUAUUGCAGGUCCAAGAAAACUGGAAGAAAAGAAAAUCUAAGAAAAAAAAUGAAAAGCACUACGCAUGGGUACAGUUCCAUACUUAUAUUUCUGUUCUCUUCCACCUGCUAGCCACAGGCACUGAUAGAACGGGAGCAGGAUGAGAUGGACGGUCUUGCUGUGGGAGUACCUGUUGGUGGAGGUCACGGCGUUGGUGUGCAGGGCGGAUGGUGAAGCAGAGCGGCGACUCGAGGGAUUCGUCGUGUUGUCGGGCUCAAACGGCUCCGAAGAGAGCGGUGUGUCCGAGAAGCCGCACACGCAAGACGAGUGUCGCGGCUACUACGACGUGAUGGGUCAGUGGGACCCGCCGUUCGUGUGCCGCACGGGCACUUACCUGUACUGCUGCGGCACCUGUGGCUUCCGCUUCUGCUGCGCUUACAAGAGCUCGCGCCUGGAUCAAAGCUUGUGCACAAACUACAACACACCAGUGUGGCUCAAAGGCCAAACGCCGUACAAGAAGACGGAUCCGAGGCAUGAUCCGACAAAGGACAAAACCAACUUAAUCGUAUACAUCGUUUGUGGAGUAGUGGCCAUCAUGGCGCUCGUCGGGAUUUUUACCAAACUUGGAUUGGAAAAGGCGCAGAGACCUCACAGGGAAAACAUGACUCGAGCUGUAGCAAGUGUGUUGCAAGGUGCCUGUCAAGCUGAACAUGAAGAAGCCAUCGGAAGACACGUACAGAACUAUGACAACAUGCAAGCGAGGGCAAACAAUAUGCAGGGAACCCAAAUGCACAACAUGAGCCAGGCCCAUCCCUACCCUGUCCUUAGCCAGCUGGCCCAUGUGUACGAGCAGCAGCAGCAGCAGCAGCAACAGCAGCAGCAGCAGCAGCAGCAGCCUGGCAAAGAACUCAAUAAAUACGCCUCACUAAAAGCUGUUGCGUCAAAAGUGAACGGGGGCUUCUACAACAAGCAGCACUGCCACUUGACCGAGUUGGGAACAAAAGGCAGCCUACCCCUCCACGCAAUUAGGAUGGAGCAUGUUGAGCCCACUGCCUCAUAUGUCACAGAGAUUCCCAUCCCCAAGCAAAAUGAACAGAAACUUAAUCCCACCAAGCCCCAUGUGCCACAUCGUCAUAUGGCCUACAGCUCCAACACCAUAGCCAACCCAGGAAUGCUGAAGGCCUGGGAGGGCACAGAGACUAUGGGUCGGCGCAAGACCUAUGGCCCUAGGAAGCCCUGCAUGGUGGGUCAGAUGAAUGAGCUCCACACUGCCCGCAGUCACCACUACCUACCCACACAGCCAUACUUCAUAACCAACAGUAAGACAGAAGUGACUGUGUAAAGGAAUGACUUUGUUUCCAAGGGCUCAUACGUCAUUGUGAGCCGGAGAAACAGAUCAUUAUCUUGACUGUACCCUUCACUCUGCCCCUUGUGGUAUGGAGGCAUAACUGCAGACGUGAGCCAGUCACACCAUGACCGGCCACUCAACCAGGCGGUCAGCAAGCAAUGACAACAGCUGAACCAGGAGCAUUCCAUUGUUUAAUUUAUAGCCAUGCCAAUGAUGAUAAGUUUAUGUUCAAUCAGUGAGAUAAUGUGUUGUUUUAAUCCAAUUAAAUGAGAAAAUAGUCAAAGUAAACAAAGCAAUAAAAGCAAUCUUAUAAAGAAAUUAAAUAAUUGGGAAUAAAUGUUUACUCCAAUAAUCAAAAGGAAAUGAGUGCAGUGGUGAACCCAAAGGUUCAAGGGCUAGUGUGACAUUUUGAACACAGGGCCAGAGCUGAUACACAUGAUGUCUUUUUAGCACAAUUAUUUCCCAUACCACUCACUGCUGAGACUAAGUUCAUACUUGGUGUAUCUAAAAAUAUUUAGUGGCAGAUGCCUUAUUUGAAGAUACUUGGAAAGACGCGAACUGUUACACCACGGAUUGGUACUUUAGGGCUGUACCUUUCAUUUUUAUUCUAGACAGUCCUCACUGUGUGUAGAUUAACAAACUCAAACAAAUUCAUUCAUUUACUCUGUAACAAGCCCCCAGAAAUGUCACUCUUAAGAAAUGGUAUAAUCUCUUAGACAGAUAGCUGUAUUUGUUACGGAGUGCCAUGAGGUAGCAUGUGAACUGGAGACUGUAGAGUAAAAAGCACUGUUAACUAACGUGAUCGCUCUGCUACAAAUUGUGCCUGAUGGCGCUUUAGCUUUCAAAACAAGUAUUUGAUCUCCCUUUCGUAGUUAAAAUGAUUUCUUAUGUGUUGUAUUGUAUUCUCUUGAAGGCAUUAAAGCUUGUACAAUAUUUCUUCAUGACAAUAGAUGUAUGUGCAGCUAAGUUGAAACCACUGGGAUUUAGCACUUUUAUUUCAGUAGUGAGUAGUUUGGGGAAGCUUUCUUUUUAUUCCACACAGACCAUCUGGUGAAAUUGAUUUUUAAAGUAUAUAUAUUUAUACUUUUGCCAGUAUAUGUAUGCAAAUGAUACAGUUAAUUGUGCCAAGAAUUAGCUUGUUAAAGUUGUGUUUAAUUUGAACUAUUUGUCUUUUUCAUUCACUUGUACAUUCCAACUGAGAAAAAAGGGUUUCUUCUACUGCAUCACAGUAUAAAGGAUGUGGUUGUUUUGGAAAUAAUGAUAUCUUUUAAAAUCAAUUAAUGAUAUUGGAAUAAAAUAAGCAUUUCUUCUUUCUCUCCAUAAUAUUUCUCUGUCUUCAGUGUUACCCGGAAGUACAUAGUAGGAACAUAGUACAUAGUAUGUAUAGGAACAUAGUUCAUUCUAUGAAUUUAACUCUGUUGAACUAAAUAAAUCCUGCAAACCAGGAGAAACUAGCACAAAACAUUUAAUAUUUCUCAUAUAUAUAUAUUUCUUCCUAAGAAGCAUAUCUGAAACAAUCCCAUUCUAACAAUUUUCCCAGUUUUCCAUUAGCAACAAUUCAGUCUUUAUUUUGUAUCUUAGACACGGGUCAAGAAUGGAAUCAUAUUCAAUCAUUUUCAUCUCACAAGUUCUUUUUUUUUUUCUAGGCAGCUUUAGGAAAUCAUAUCUUCUUUGCACCACAGUGCAUUAUAAAAAAAAAAAUUUGAAAAGACUUAAAUAACCAAAAAUACAAGUACAUCAUUUUAUGACAUAUUUGCUCUCUAGACUCACAUUUUCCUUUUUUGAAAAUACAUACAGUGUACAUUCAAAAUGGUAUUUUAGUGUUUGCUAGGGCAAGAAGAGGGCUAUAAGUGUCAGUGUGCAUUGUGUGGAUUUGUCGGAUGAUGAGCUGAAAAGAAAAAAGUACUAAUUGAUUAGAUUCAGAUUCUUGGAGCAAGUGUUUGGUCUCUAAUCCAAUUCUCUAAUCUGGCACUUCUUCACCUCUAAACAGGUGCCUCAAAUUAUCCAGGGGUUGAAUGCACUCGUUUGUGUUAAGGCUUUGUAACACUGCCAAAAAUUUAAAUUGGGACAGUGGGUGCAAGUGACCUAAUUAGCAGAAUCAAGCUUUCUUGGUCUGUAGUCUGCCUGGCACUCAGUCAUAUUCAUCUGUCAUUCUCUGUAGUCCAUUCAGUCACGGCAAUGAAGACACAAAUGAUGCUCUGCAUUAAACAAGCAGUCUUUCCUUGAACUGAUCUAACCAUUGAGAUUACUCAGCAAAGGUUUAUGUCAUUUUUCCUGCUGGUGAAGAGCAAUCUGAAUCAUACAACUAAUUACAACUAAUACACUUUGUAUAUUUAAGUAGAAACCUUUACAGCAAAUAUAGCUACCAUUACCAGGCUAGUUACUAAUACCAUUUUAAAAAGACCAAAUGCCUGAUUCUGUUUUAUGGACUUACAUCAGAUUCACCAAAGAAAGAAAAGAGUUUCUGCUACCUUAUUUUUUAAAACCUGAGUAAAAAAAUAAAUUUAUAUAAAUCUGCGAUUAAUAGUACAAACAAAAUACAUUAUUCAAAGGAGCCAAGAUGUAAGUAGUACUAAUACUACUACCAGUACUAGUACCAACAGUACUAAUUACUAACGUGUAGUAACUAAGUAGCCAUAUUAAGUUUCAGCUUAAAAACAAGCUGGAGAACCCAGAGGAACCCGUAGUGUAAACCUCCACAUGAACACUAUCCUAAACACAGGAUUAAAGGAUAAACCUGUGAGCUGGGAAGCUGCCCACUGCACCAUUAUUCCCCUCUUAAAAUCUGUUUCAUUCAUUCAUAAAAUACUAUUACAAAAUCUAUUUAAUCAGACUGACAUAGUGCUGACAUUUUCAGUAUUUUCUUCUGAUGAUUAAACAGCAGACAUCUUAAAAAUGAUAAAUAAAUGAUCCAAAAUACAAGCUUUUGAAGCAGUUGGUAGGUUAAAUUAUUUUAAAUGCUUAAAAAAGUACAGGCAAUAUUACACUUUCACAUAAUGAAGAAGAGUUAAGCACUGAGACAAGUAGGACAUGAAUAUUACACACAAGAUAUAUUUCUACAUAAAAUAUGAUCAUAUGGAUUUAGUCAAUAAUCUGUUUAAACUAAUCAAGGUUUACUUUCCCUGUUAUGCAUUAUGAUAUUAAUAUAUAAUCAUUUCUGAGAUAUAAAUGGGAUUAUGUUAUUUUAUACUGUGUGUUUAAGCAGAGCUAUGGAUUUAGUAACACGUUAAAGCAAAACACAUUACGGAUGUGCUAUUAAUGGAGCUUUAAAGAGAUUAGUAAAUUAAUUUUAUUUAGUUGCAUGUGAUAAUAUUGCCACUGUUCUUCAUUUUCCGAUGGCUUUCUGACAUACUGCUAUGAAAUUUUCAGACCUCAUUUAAGUAUUUUGUAUAAUGAGAUUCAGGAAAAUAUUUCAGCACCAUUUUAAGCACAGAAAAAACAAAGCAUUUUUCUGUUCACCAAAAUGCCUCCGUAAUGUUGAUAUCCAUGUUGCCUGUGGAUAUUCUGUUUAUUCAAAAGCAACUUGCUGUAUAGCUAAUGCACUAACCCAUUUCCUGGCAAUAAGAGAAUGGGCAAAUUUUACUGUAAGCUUUGCAUUCUGUUUCCUGAUCAUUUGUUUACAUUUUGUCUUCUCAACUAGAUUAUUUAAAAAAAAUCUCCUCUCUUAAUAAAAUGUAUAUUCUAUAAUGAAUUGCUGGCAGUUAUUUGGUAUUCUAAACUGCUUCAGCCAAAUCCAUGCUAUAUAUACAGCCCUGAGUUUAUUCAAUUUUUUUAAUUUUGAAUAUAUUGUCAACAACCCAUGCGAACAGAUAUAAAGGCACCAAUGUUCUCACAGAUUAAUUACCUAUAGUCUCAGCAGAGCUGCUCUCCUGAGUGCAUGAAACUAGAAUAAAAGUGAGCUGAGUUUUCUGUCUUUAAUUACAGCAGCACCUUCCUGCAUGGGCUGUUUGAAAAAGAAUCCAAUUAAAUGCCCAAAACAACCACUAACGCCAGUAAUACAUUACACCAGACACUCAUCUCAUAUAGAAAUUUCAAAUAUCACUGCACCUUUACUGUCUUUCACAUUAUCUGAAAUUCCUACUUUAGAUUCUACUGAAAGAGUCUUUUCACUGCAUAGCGGUAGAUCUGAGAAUUAGAUGUGUUCUUCCGGCACAAAGAUUUGAUGAGAUUGCUGAUGAGAUUAGCAGUAUGUGAGCACAGAUCAAACUAAAUUUCGCUGAUGACUAGGAAGAAUGCUCAAGUUUUGGGUACACUGUGUUCGUCCUGAAACACUAAGCAAAAGUCAAAUAUGUUUGUUGUUAGUCUUCCAAACAUGUAUCCAGUCUUCUACUGUCUGAGAGAGUCAGACUGUACAGUCUCAUCAGAAUUUUAGUGUGGCCCAAUUUGUGGCUCACCAUCUGCUCUGUUCAAACCCAGAUAAAAAGCCCCUCAGCAGGCCUUCUUUAAAGGCCGUCGAAUGUCUUAUUGAUUACUCUGCAGAAGUGAGUUAGAGGCUGAAUUGAAUCUGUCUAGUUGGAUCAGUCCUCUGUAAGUCUGAGUGACCAAUAACCAGGUUUAAGUCGAGAUGACGCCAUGUGGCUGCAGAGCUUUGUCUGGUUCAUGAACUCAAAUAGUGCACAAGUGUGUAUUGAAAUGAAGAUCUGGAUAGUGUUUGAGUAUUGAGUCUGUUAUUAAAGUUAUGAAUAAAUCAUGGCAGGUCAUAAGAGCAGUUAGCUUGAAGAACUGUAAUAAAAAAAGAUUCAGAUUGGUUCUUUCAUUUUAUGGUGCAAUGAUAUCCUGAGUGAUUAAGAUCUGAGAGCUACAUUGGAAAUUCUAAUAUCAGUUCUUCUUUGUUUCUGACAGGAUCUGUCUGACUUACUUUAAAUCAGGCAAGUGAACAAGAUAAAACAGUGCACUUUAGAUAUAUAAGACACACAACAAAGAAAAGACUUUCCUAUUAGAGAUGACCAGUAAAGUAGGCUGUGCAUAUCAAAAACAGUAUUAUGCCAGCAGGCACAGACGUUGUCCAGCCCUUUAUGUAGCCAGAAUACAAUACAAUUUGUUUACCGAUGCAGUCGUGAGUAUUAUGCAGAUUUAAUCUAUGUGUAACAAAUUGGUCAGUGGUCACUUAGACAAAAAUUAGUUGAACAGAGCAAACUCUGCUUGGAUGAAAGCCAACUGUUGCCACGGUGACAGAACUGGCGCAGUCUGCUUUGAAAUCUUUUUGUAUGUUUCCACGGCAACAACUGUAGCUGGGUGGAGGAUCUGGUGGUGGUGUGCUGUGGGCAUCAAGGGAAUCGGAUGCCUGCAUUGUUUAUUCCCACAAAAAAUUCAUUGCCACACUUAUCCAAGAGAGAUCCAAAACAAAAGCAUUAGUCAGCAGCUGAGAGAUGGUUAAGAUGAACAGAUCCAAGCAGAGAGGUGUAGCAGAUUUUCAUCUAUAAAGUGCCUGGUUAGGGCUACAAACAGCCUUCAUUAUCCAUAGCAACAACCAGUGAAGACGCACAGCUCAAAUCUGUCCCAGUCUUGCUUAAUGACAGGACAGGAAUAUAAAUGGUAAUGCAGAAGCCAUGUGCACAUGCAGCUCAUAAUGAGAGUACAGUGAGCACAAAGACCACACACACACACACACACACACACACACACACACACACACACACACACACACACACACGCACACGCACACACUUCACCUGGGAGCAGGCAAGGCCUAUUUGAUGAUGAGAACUACAUUAUCCACACCUCCAAAACAACCCAUUCUACCAACAAGAACAAGAACACUUUGUCAUGCAUAAUACAAUGACCUGAAAAACACUAAUAUCAGGUUAUAUUACAGGAUGGACCAUUUUAUCUUUGAUUUGUGUAGCUCUGUGGCACAGUUCUGCAGUAUUUGUUAAAGGAGUGACUCAAAGAUGAAGCAAUUAUGCUUUAUUUUCUGUCAUUUUCGUAGGAAGCAAAUCCAAAAUACACAAAAUGAAACCAUAUAAAUUCCAGGAAUAUAACAUAUAAUAUGCAUAUAGAAACACCAGUCACUCUGGAUAUGUAGAUUUAGAGCUGAAAAAAGAUACUCAUAUAAAUACUCAUCUGAUUUAUAUGAGUAUGUCGUUCCCAUGUGAACACAACUUUGCCUUUCGGUUUACUUAAUUUCCCAAAUCCUGAUGUAAUAUUUUAUUCAUGUGAAAUUUAUGUAGUCAUUUGAAUCAAGCAAAUUCAGUUCAUUACUUUUCUGUGGAAGAUUCCACAGAUAUGUUUAGUCAUACAGCAUCCUGGGCAAUAGAUACCACUGAUGCGCAUGGAAGCACUCUGCACUCUCAUUAAUAGACCCUAAUUUAUAACAUGAUCAGUGACUGUAGUCCUAAUCCCAUUUUAGGCUACAUUUCAUCCUUUUGACUUUACUCUCUCUCUCUCUCUCUCUCUCUCUCUCUCUCUCUCUCUCUCUCUCCCUCCCUCCCUCCCUCCUCUCAACCUCUCUUCUUUCUAUGUUACGCCUAUAUUACAGAUUAGCUCCAUGUUUACCUGAUUCCAAAGAUGCCCCCAUUUUUAUAGAAUGCAGCAAUGUGGAAAACACUUCUUUAGGUCUUCAGUUAAAGUGGGACUUAGCUGUGGUUGUUGGUUAAUUAAUUUAUGUAUGCUUUUAUGUAUGUAGGUAUUUGUUUGUUUUGUUUGUUUGUUUGUUUGUUUUGUACAUUUAUUAUUUCUACAUUUAUGGGAUUUUGAAUUCUUAAAGAAAACUCACCAUAUAAAUUGGAACAUAGUCAGUCAAGUUCAUAUUUGUUUGGUUUUGAAAUUAUGCUAAUAAGUUUGGAAACAUUUUGUAAAAAGUGAAAAUGUGCUGUAGAUGUAGAGGUUUGUUGGAAAUGGACUUUAUUUAGAAAAGAAUUCAAACAUUUUGAAAGUUACGCUAUUCAGUGCAGAUUGUGUCAAAGCAGUGAAAAGGAAUCUACUGUCGACUGCACAGACAACUCUUGUGUUAAAUGUAUUUUGAAAAAGUGAGCUCUGUUGAUAAAUGCUUGUAAUAUCUGUCAUUUAAGUACACAAAUAAAGACCUGGCAUGAAAGAAAUGUGGCCUUUCACAUAGUUACACAUUAUGACAAAUGAAAUGCAAGUCAUUGUACUGUAGCAAACAUUGACAGGGAAAAAACUCUCAUUUGGCUAGAACUAGUCUUUCAUCUCUUUAUCACUACUGACAUCAGCAGCUACAAUUAAAAUAGA